AUGUCAUUACAAUCGUCAAAUUUAAAAAUUGAUUAUGUUCCAUUAAAUCAAAUAAGAAGACCGAUUCCCCCGGUUUUGGAUUAUCAAAAGAUAGAUGCAAUGGUGUCAACCCUUCAAGGUACACCUAUGGCCUCUGCAACCUGUAAUAUUGAAGAUAUUGAUUCAGGAGAAUUACCUCCUGUGGAUGUUUUUAAAGUUAGAGAAGAGGGUAAAACGUACUACUUUGCAUUUGGUGGGUGUCAUAGAUUUCAGGCAUACGACAGGAUAGGAUCAGAAGGAAACAAAGAAACAUUAGUGAAAUGCAAAAUACUCCCUGCUACAAGGCGAACUUUAAGACUUUAUUUAGGUGCUUCAGUAGAUGAGAUGUUUAAAGAUAUAGAUAAUGAAAAACAAUCGAGUUGA